AUGAUUCCUUAUGAAGGUGGAAGUCGGCGGCCAUCGGCGGGUCUCGUGCCGGAAAACUUGCGUCAAUAUUUGAGGUUUAAUGAAAAGCAUACAAUCGGCGGGGAGCUGACCGACUCGGAGGUCGAUCGCCUCCGGGUUCAAGUGGAGAUAUUGAACACGGAGCGGCGUGUGUACAAUGAGAAGCGAUUCGGCCGCGUGUUGCCCGAGACGACCACUAUUGUGGUGCAGGCCCAUCGGGACGUAGAGCGGCUGCAGUACCUGAUAGUGUCGCUAGGACAGGUGCGGUACAUCGAGGACGCGGUCCUGGUAUUCUCACACAGCUACUAUCAUCCGGAGAUCAACAGUCUAGUGCGGAACAUCACGUUUUGCAAAGUACUACAGGUAUUUUUUCCGUACUCGCUGCAGCUGCAUCCACACCAGUUUCCAGGCGCAGAUCCUAACGAUUGUAGUAAUAGUUCCAACGCUUUAUGUGGCAAGUUGAAUAAUGAGCGUAACGCUCGCGACGCCGAGCGCAAGCAGCAUUGGUGGUGGACUGCGAACCUCAUUUUCGAGCACGCGAGCUGGUCCUACACGUACAGAGGGAUGGUCAUAUUCCUCGAGGAAGACAAUUAUGUUCUACCAGAUUUGUUGCACAUGCUGAAGUAUGCUCAACGUUCCGUAACUUUUAUUCCUCAAGUGGACGUGAUAUCCUUCGGCAGAACUUAUGCAAAAGACUUGGACUACAAUUUACUGACUAUUGAAGCUUGGCGACCCCCCUAUGACAAGGGUUUGUCGUUUAACAAAACCACGUGGAGGAAAAUCGUCUCCUGGCUAUCUGUGUUUUGCAUGCACGAUGAUAUUAGUUGGAGUUACUCAUUGCUUCACCUGUUCAGCCGAUUUCCAAAGGGAUACGCGGAGAUGGCAGCAUGUAUGGCGCCGAGGGUUUUAUCGACGGGGAUGUUUCCCAGCGGUAAGAAAGCUGUAGAGGUUAUUUGGAAAAGGUUAGAAUAUAGUAAACUGUAUCCUGAAAGCGUGAGUGCGGUGAUGCUGUUCAGCCAGCAUGGUAGAGUGGUGAGGAAGACCAGAUUGCCGCCAGGUAGUGGCGGGUGGAACGAUUUGCGCGACCAUCUGCUGUGCCUGGAUCCGUUGAUGUCCACCAUCACGGAUCCGACGGAGGACGAAUCCACAACCACUAGCCCUGUGUUUGUCACAUAA